AUAGACGAGCUUCAUCUGCUGCUCUGCUGCCACGUUAAUACAGUUUGAACAAACUCUGUCUCCUUCACACAUUUUAAACCGUCUCGGUUGUGCGCAGCAGGAAUGGAGCCCAGCGGGAUCCUGAUAAAAGGAGGCAAAGUUGUGAAUGAAGACUGCUCCGUGAUCAGCGACGUCUAUAUUGAAAAUGGGAAAAUAGUUGAAGUUGGACUGAAUCUUCAGAUCCCGGCGGGAGUGCGAGUCAUUGAUGCCACCGAUAAACUAGUGAUCCCCGGAGGAAUCGACACGCACACUCACAUGGAGCUGGCGUUCAUGGGCACCAAGGCGGUGGAUGACUUCCAUAUCGGAACUAAGGCUGCUCUAGCAGGAGGGACCACAAUGAUCCUGGACUUUGUCAUCCCCCAAAAGGGCAAGUCUCUCCUGGAGGCCUACGACUGUUGGCGUAAGACAGCUGACCCCAAAGUUUGCUGCGACUACUCGCUGCACGUCGCUGUCACAUGGUGGAGCGACAAGGUCAAGAAAGAGAUGGAGACCCUGGCCAAAGAAAAAGGAGUCAAUUCCUUCAAGAUGUUUAUGGCCUAUAAAGAUGUGUUCAUGCUGCAGGACUCUGAGCUUUAUGCUGCCUUCUCCCAGUGUAAGGAGAUUGGAGCUGUAGCUCAGGUGCAUGCAGAGAAUGGAGAUCUGAUUGCAGAGGGGGCGAGGAAGAUGCUGGCCAUGGGCAUUACGGGGCCCGAGGGUCAUGAGCUGUGUCGGCCGGAGGAGGUGGAGGCUGAGGCCACCCAGAGGGCCAUCACCAUCGCUCACGCUGUCAACUGCCCACUCUAUGUGGUCCAUGUUAUGAGCAAAUCUGCUGCCAAGGUGGUGUCCAAUGCACGCAGAGAUGGUCGUGUGGUGUUCGGGGAGCCCAUUGCAGCAGGGCUGGGCACAGACGGUACCCACUACUGGAACAAAGAGUGGGCCCAUGCUGCUGGCUUUGUCAUGGGUCCUCCUCUAAGACCUGACCCCAGCACCCCUGGGUACCUAAUGGACCUGCUGGCCAAUGAUGAUCUCAGUGUGACGGGAACAGACAACUGCACCUUCUCUGUGUGCCAGAAGGCCCUGGGCAAAGACGACUUCACCAAGAUCCCUAACGGAGUGAACGGUGUGGAGGACAGGAUGUCUGUCAUCUGGGAGAAAGGAGUGCACAGCGGCAAAAUGGACGAGAAUCGAUUUGUAGCUGUCACCAGCAGCAACGCAGCAAAAAUCUUCAACUUCUACCCACAGAAAGGCCGUGUAGCCAAGAACUCGGAUGCUGAUGUGGUUAUAUGGGACCCCAAGUUGACAAGGAAGAUAUCAGCCAAGACCCACCACCAGGCUGUGGACUACAACAUCUUCGAGGGUAUGGAGUGCCACGGUGUCCCUGUCGUCACCAUCUCCAGAGGCAAAGUGGUCUAUGAGGAAGGCCGGCUGAAGGUGUCACCAGGGCACGGCAGAUUCAUCCACAGAAAACCCUUCGCUGAGUUUGUUUACAAAAGAAUCAAGCAAAGAGAGCAGGUGGGGAAGCCUACAGCUGUGAUCAGAAAGCCCUAUGAAGGCAAAGUCAUUUCUGUAUGAACAAUUGACCUGGAACAUGAAAGGCACUCUGAGCUCCAGCUGUGUGUCUCCAAUACAGCCCAGAAGCUAUCAAAGACAAAACACCUGAAUGCUGUCUCACUCAAAAACCUGCUCUGUGUGGUUUGCAGAAGUGACUGGUUUAAAAUAUUUCUGGAAGACACACACAUUAUUCAGUCAUUUAAAUCACUGUGUGCAGUAAAGUGGAGGGGGGGGGGGGGGGGGGGGGGGGGGGGUUGGGUGACUCAGGUCAGUGUCCUGUUGGCAGAUAAUACCUUUGUUAUAUUUGCUCAACCCUGUGAGGUUUCCAGGUCAGCUGUGCUCAGUACACAGGUCAAUGAAACCCUCUCUGCUGCUGAAAAUUAUAUUUGCUCUAACACACAUUAUGCAAUCAAGUCGGUUACUGUACGGAAGGAAAACAGGGCUCAUGCACAAUUUCAUGGUUUAAAAAAAACUGUGGCUUUUA